GUCUUAUUCAGUAUAUAAAUAGGUAGAAGGCAGGGUGGAGAGAUAAACAGGUAUUGUUUGUGUGAGUCUCAUCUCUUCCUUUCAAUGGCAACUCAAGGUCAAGUCAUCACCUGCAAAGCUGCGGUGGCCUGGGAACCCAAUAAGCCCUUGACAAUAGAAGACGUUCAGGUGGCUCCGCCUCAGGCCGGCGAGGUUCGAGUUCAAAUCCUUUACACUGCUCUCUGUCACACCGAUGCUUACACUUGGGGCGGCAAGGACCCCGAAGGUCUCUUCCCCUGUAUUCUCGGUCAUGAAGCUGCUGGGAUCGUGGAGAGUGUUGGAGAAGGUGUUACUGAUGUUAAGCCUGGGGAUCAUGUCAUUCCCUGUUACCAGGCUGAGUGUGGGGAGUGCAAGACUUGCAAAUCAGGGAAGACCAACCUUUGCGGCAAGGUUCGCUCUGCCACUGGAGUUGGGAUCAUGCUCAAUGAUGGCAAGAGUCGGUUCUCGAUUAAUGGAAAGCCCAUUUAUCAUUUCAUGGGAACCUCCACUUUUAGUCAGUACACAGUUGUCCAUGAUGUUAGUGUAGCUAAGAUUAACCCCUUAGCUCCUCUGGACAAAGUUUGUCUUCUUGGAUGUGGUGUUUCAACUGGCCUUGGAGCUGUCUGGAACACUGCAAAGGUUGAACCAGGGACUAUUGUUGCUAUUUUUGGCCUUGGGACUGUUGGGCUUGCUGUUGCAGAGGGGGCAAAAACUGCUGGUGCAUCCCGGAUUAUUGGCAUAGAUAUUGACAGCAAGAAGUUUGAUACAGCGAAGAACUUUGGAGUCACCGAGUUUAUAAAUCCAAAUGAACAUGAUAAACCAAUUCAGCAGGUCAUAAUUGAUCGUACUGAUGGUGGAGUUGAUUAUAGCUUUGAGUGUAUUGGAAAUGUUUCUGUGAUGAGAGCUGCUUUGGAAGCCUGCCACAAGGGCUGGGGGACCUCAGUUAUCGUGGGUGUUGCAGCAUCAGGUCAGGAAAUAUCAACCCGACCUUUCCAGUUGGUGAGUGGACGUGUCUGGAAAGGGACUGCUUUCGGUGGCUUCAAGAGCAGGUCACAGGUGCCUUGGCUCGUAGACAAGUACCUUAAGAAGGAAAUCAAGGUUGAUGAAUACAUUACCCAUACUUUGACUCUCUCUGAGAUCAACAAGGCUUUUGAUCUUUUGCAUGAAGGGGGGUGCCUUCGUUGUGUGCUUUCAACACAAGAAUGAGGUGAUAUAUGCUAUCCAGGGCUAGUUUAAUGAGAAAUGGAUGUGUUGGUUUGCAGUUCCUUCGUGUUGUGAUUGUGGUUUAAAUUUCAAAUAAAUCUGGAGUGGUUAUAGCUUGUGAGUAAGAUCAUGUUGGUCAAAUUUGUGUUGAGAAGGGCCACACGGUGAACACUUGAUCAUCCUUUUUGAGUAUGGCUAUGGUAUUAUCCUAUUUUACCUCUCA